CCCCGAUUUCACAUGAUUGAAUUACCACGUCCCUUGAACAGAAAUUGCCCACUGAAGUCUAUCAAAAACACGAAUUUCGAAAUAGUUAGUAAAAUAGUAAAUGAUUUAAAUUUUAAAUAAUAGAUAGAAAGUCAAGCAAACAUGUUUAUAGUACAAACUAUUGUAACUACUCGAAUACCAGGAAAUAAUGGAAUUUUUUUUCUCAGUCCUAGACCAGUUUGUGUCCCCUAGGAAUUUGCCGGGACAUGUCCCCCAAGUUGAAAACCGUUGCUAUAGGUUAAUCUGGCCUGCUAUCUACGUAUUGGUCUCUUCUCGUGAUAGAAAAUCAUUCUUUGAGAAGAUCAGGCGUAGAGGAUGAUUUUGUUGCUCAUGUGACAAGAGCAAUAUACAGCAAAAAAGGGAAAAGAGACAGCCACACAAAAAAUGGGAAGAUACUGUGAACGAUGAUAUGAAACUUGGGAAGAUGGCCAAGAGACGAGCAAUAUACAUUGCAAAAAAAAGAAAAAGAGGAGACUGCAUAAAAGAUGAAGAUAGUGUGAAUGACAGGACACUCGGGAAAAUGGUCAGGAGACAGAAGAGCAAUAUACAUUGCAAUGCAAAAAAAAGAAAACGAGGAGACUGCAUAAAAGAUGAAGAUAAUGUGAACGAUGACAUGAAACUUGGGAAGAUGCAUGGCCAAGAGACGAGCAACAUACAUUGCAAAAAAAGAAAAAGAGGAGACCGCAUAAAAGAUGAAGAUAGUGUGAAUAAUGACAGGACACUCGGGAAGACGGCCAAGAGAGGAGCAAGGAAAAACUCAGGAACAAGAUAAAACUCAGGAAAAUGACACACGACUAUCGCCACUACUUUGGAGAUUGGCAUGGCAACUGAUGUAAUUGUUGAGCUUCAUUUUGUCAAACGUGAACAGCUUGACAUAAUACUAUAUUAAUUUAUACUGCUUUUUUUACGUCCAAAGUGCCACUUUGGCUAGCAAGACUUUUGUCUAGCAAAGAUAUUAAUGUGCAAAUUUUGUGAUACUGUUUAUGAAUAAUUUUAAGCCUGUUUGAGUUUCUUUGUCCAGUCCGAGUCAAUACUCUCUACCACUCUCCUUUCAACAUGUUACAAUUAUUACGUUAUUACAAAUAUGUUCCUUGAUUCGCCUUGCUCUGUACAGUGUAACACUUUAUUAAGCAAGCACUUUAUUUAGUUAAUCAAGACGAUAUAUCUACUGCCUAUCUAUACUUUGCCGCCCUCGUUUGAGCGUUUAACGCUCGGACAAUAAAUUCUAUUUAACUAUUGUCUUUUCAUUGUUCUGCGUCCAGGACGCUUUCGGAUGAAAUCCACAUUCCCAAGUACUAACCAAGCAUGUUUAUCAGAUAUUUUGUUCGUUGUGCAACUUGAAAACGUGGUUUCUUAAAGUUGUCAUGGGUACAACACUAUUCAUGAAUUGUGCCACUGACCUAUCUUCGAACUCCCUUCCUUUUGAGUGUCUUAGAGACAUUCUCCCCUCCACUUGUUCUGUCCUCUAAAGACGCCAAGACAAAUCAUCUGCUAGUAUAACUACACACAGUUAACACGAUUUUCAUGGCCAGUUCUUGACGGUAUUAACCGGAUUCCACUGUAUCAUUGUCACAGUGCGGGAGUAGAGAUGUUCUAACGCUAUAAUUCAUGAAUUGUUCCGUUUUCCUCAGAACUUUCUUCGUCCUGGGGGUCUUGAAAACAGUCGAAUAUCUUCUUGACAGACGGUGCUAGGUUACUGUCAAGCACACAGUAUAGAAGCGGUACAAUAGCAUCAUUCGUGAACGCUAAAUACAUCGCAGUUGCGUAGAGGGGAUCUGUG